AUUCAUCGAUCGGAAAAAAAUUACGAUUAAAACUGUCUAGAGUAAGUUCCGAAGCCAUUUACAACCCUCCUAAUAUUAUUUAUUCUUUGUAGGUACGGCUAACACAUUUAGCGAAAACAGGUCGUCUCACUCUCACUCAUUGAAACAACGUUCAGCAAUGAGAAAGUCCAAUAUAACCGUGAAGGACUUACGAGAAAUAGAGAAGCAUCACGCCAAUCUAAACACCAUCAGGCAAUGCUCGAACGCAACACCCAUCAGAAGCCGCGUUGGCAUCAGCUACACCUGCGCUUACUGUACAGAUGAAUACCCAAACCCUGCAGAUUUAAAAAGCCACACUUUAGAACAUCAUAGCCCUAGAUCCGCGCUCAAGUGGAUUGCAAAGGAGAUGUAUAAACCGUCUUCGUACAUAGUCAAACUUGACAUUACUGCGUUGAAAUGUAACAUAUGUGAUACCGAAUUUGAUAGCUUAGACGAUUUCGUAUAUCACUUGAUCACCGACCAUGAUAAAAAGAUUUACUCGGAUAUAGAAGACCACAUUGUACCGUUCAAAUUCGAAGAUGAAGUAUUGAGAUGCGUUUUUUGUUCGAAAAUCUGCAAUAAAUUCAAGACUAUGCUGGAGCAUAUGAACAUCCAUUAUAGAAAUGUCGUUUGCCACGUUUGUGAUGCUGGUUUUGUGAAUAGUAACAUAUUAAGUAAUCACAUUCCUACGCAUAAAAAAGGUGAAUUCGAGUGCACGUUUUGCGAUAAAAUCUUUGAUACGUCUUUGAAGCAGAAAGCGCAUGAGAAAGUAGUCCAUAAACAAGUUGUUUGGAACAAAUGCGGUAUAUGUGACGAGAAAUUCAGGAACCACGCUACGAAGGAGCAGCAUAUGGCUGCGAUGCACGGAGUGGGUAUAAUCGAAGUCCAAUGCCAGGCUUGUUCCAAAAUCUUCUCAAAUAAAAGACGUUAUACUAUUCAUAUGAAAAGGGACCAUUUAAUGGAGAGGGAGCAUAAAUGCGACGAAUGUGACAUGGCAUUUUUUGCGCAGACUGAUUUGAAGAAACACAUGCUUAAACAUACUGGAGAGAAGAAAUAUCAGUGCUCUGUAUGCAAGAAGUCGUACGGAAGACAGAAUACAUUAAAGGAGCAUCUGAAAAUACAUGCCAACAUAAGAAACUACAAAUGUGAUUAUUGUGAUCAGAAGUUCAUCCAGAAAUGCAGCUUGAAAGGGCAUCUAAAGUCCAAGCAUAAUGUUAUAAUCCAAUAACAGCUCUUUAGGUCUAGACUAGACGAAUCGGACCUUGUUUUUACUCGAGUUAAAAAAUAUUACUCGAACUUUCUAUGCAAUCGAGUUAUCUCGACGCAGCGAGUUGAUUCUGUUGCCACUAGAAGUCAUUUAGCUACUCUAUUUAUUUAGACCUUUUUACUUUGUUGAUUACUAAAAUUAAGAAUAUACAAAAACUUGACAAAAGCGCAAAAGUGCAAACGUAAGUGGCCAUAAAACUGGGCGUCUUAUUCAGGGUCAGACGGGACAGCUUGUGUAUAGAAUACUCCUGUCACUUUUGAGAUGGCUCAGUCCAAUAUCAACUUGCGUUGACACUAGUUUCGUAAUGUAAAUUUGUCUUAAGGAUCGGUGCAUAUACGGAAGACACGACGCGUAAUUGUUGGUGGCAAAACAUUUCAAUUUUGCAUACUCGGUGGAUUAUCCGUUGUGUAUAACGCAUAAUUCUGAAAGACGCUUGACGGCUAUUCCAUUUAUAAUCAUAAGUUAAUAAGAAUUUUUUAUGAAUGCAAUAAAGAAAUUAACUCAAAAGUAAUAAAAAUUGUUGGUUAUAAUUUCCUUAUUUACAUAUUCAUCAAUUACUGACCUCCAUAAUCAUUCCC